AUGCUUUACAUUGCUCGGGCGCUCCUUAAUGCGCGUGUUGCCGAUGCCGUCGACUGCGCCGUUGGAUUGCUGGCUGACGCUGCCAUUCUCUUGGAAGCCCGUGAUAAGGUGAUCACAACCGGCAAGAACGAAGUCCUUGACUUUGGUGAGCUGAGCGGCGUGGCCGACUCGCCUGACAAGGCCACUGAUGAUUUUUUCGCCACCGAGUCGUGUGAAGAGCCUCUGAUCAACUCGAGCAUCUUCGCCAUGUCGAUGGGCUACAACCGUGGUAGACAUUAUGGUGGAUCGAUCUCUGGUCUUUGGGCUAUCAUGAAAUCAGCCUUUAUCUUCGGCUACUCCAUUGGUACUGAUACCUCUGCGAUGUCUGACCGUCUGUCGUUUGUCUUUGCUGAAGUGACUGCCUCUGCUGAGGCCUCGGCCUCUGCCGGUCCCCAUAUCGAUGAGAUUCGCAUUGUCAAGGGCUGCAAUUACGGCUGUCUCCGCCAGAAGACCAUCAUUGAAGAUAAUGAUCCGGUGGAUUCCAGUCCGUGCAUGGUUGUCGGGAACGAUCUCGACCGAUUUGCCGCUACAAGCUGGCCGACGCCUUCUUCUGCCACGUCUACUACAACCCUGGUGGUGGUGAGCAGAUGGCCGCCAUUGCCGGUCUUGACUGUGUCUGCCACGACUGGGUUUAUCUUGGUCCUGAUGUGGUGUGCGGUGAAGACCCUGGCCGAGUUGUACGCGCGUAUGAUCGGUUCUAUGAUGUGGUAUCGCAACAACGACGCCUACAACCCCGCUGCUCUCUGCCUUCUCAACACCCACUGGUGGCAGCUCGCCAACUGCCGCCACAGACCCGUCACUCUGCUGGGCCGAACCGACCACGGCGUGGCUGCGGCUAUUGCCCCCAUUAUACUGGAAGGCCGACCUGAGCUGGAGCACUUCCGUGCCAGUGGCACUCGCGUCGAGCAUAGUGAGGAUCCCUUCUCUAGCGCCGAGAACCGUCUCAAGGAUUUACUUGCCUCAAAGUACCUGCCGGAAACUCGAUCCGUCGUCGGAGCACCUGGUCAACCCGGUUAUCGCCUACUGCGGGGAGGUGACAGCCUGCCCUCGAAGAGCAAGUACGUCGGCAACGUCCUCACUGCUCAGUUGGCCUACCCUCAGGGUUAG